AUGCAGCAGAUGUUGGAUGACAUGCGUGCAGGCACCUUUGUUGAUGUGCCACAAGAGAACACUGGAUCAUCAAAUAGGCCACCAAUUCCUGAAGAUUCACCAGCAACGUCUUUUGACAAGCUACUGGAGGAUGCCCGACGUCCUCUUUUCGACGGGUGUACAACAUUUACAAAGUUGUCUUUCAUUGUGAAGUUAUUACACAUCAAAUCAAUCGGUGGAUGGUCAAUUAAAUCAUUUGACAUGCUCCUUGCUCUAUUGCGGUCUUCCUUUCCUGAUGCGCUCUUACCACAAUCAUAUGAGGAGUCAAAGUCUUUGGAGCGCGGGUUGGGUUUCAAUUACCAUAAAAUCCAUGCGUGCCCCAACGACUGCAUCUUAUUCUGGAAGGAAUAUGCCACGCUUAAUGAAUGCCCCAUAUGUAAGGCUUCGAGGUGGAUGCCAAAUACACACGGAUCACGCGUCAUACCUCAAAAAGUGUUGCGCCAUUUUCCGUUGAAACCGAGAUUGCAGCGUCUUUUUAUGUCUGCGAAGAUAGCAGGUGAUAUGAGAUGGCAUAAAGAGCAUCGGGCAAUAGAAGAUAAUAGUAUGAGACAUCCGGCUGACUCUGAGUCUUGGAAGAAAUUUGAUGAACAUCAUAGUUGGUUCGCUGCGGAUCCUCGUAAUGUUAGGCUCGGACUAGCAAGUGACGGCUUCACUCCCUUCAACAACUUGGCUAAACCUCAUAGCAUUUGGCCUGUGAUCCUUGUCCCGUAUAACUUGCCGCCAUGGUCAUGCAUGAAAGACCAAUUCUUUAUAACAUCUCUGAUUAUUCCAGGGCCAAGGUCACCAGGGAAUGAGAUCGAUGUUUACUUGCAACCGUUGCUGGAUGAGUUGCUUGAACUCUGGGAAUAUGGGGUACCCACAUAUGAUGCCUCAAGUAAGGAGACGUUUACGCUGCAUGCUGCAUUGUUGUGGACAAUCAAUGACUUUCCUGCAUACGGGAAUCUCUCUGGCUGGUCAACAAAGGGAAAAUUAGCUUGUCCGUCUUGUAAUGCUGACACGGACUCCAAUUGGUUGAAAUAUGGCCGAAAACAUUGUUAUAUGGGACACCGACGUUUCUUACAGCCAGAUCACAUGUGGAGAAGGAGGAAAGGGUUGUUCAACGGUAAAGAAGAUCAUCGCAUGCCACCAAGGGAUUUGGGAGGAUACGAUAUUCUAACUCAAUUGCAGAUGAUUGGGGAUGUGACGUUUGGCAAAUCUGUUAGGAAGAGAAAACGUACUGCCGAAGAGCUGAAUUGGACAAAGUGCAGCAUAUUCUACACGUUACCUUACUGGUCAACACUUCGACUUCGGCAUAAUUUAGAUGUUAUGCAUAUUGAGAAGAAUAUUGCCGAGAACGUCUUAUUCACUUUAAUGAACAGUUCAGGAAAAACUAAGGAUAAUAUCAAUUCAAGGCGGGGGUUUUUAAGAAGUGACAUUGCCUUGACUUUGACUGAACUUAGCACUUUCUUCAAAGAGUUGUGCGCUCGCACACUGGAUGUGAAUCGCCUAUCCCAGCUCCAAACUGAUAUAGUCACCAUUUUAUGCAAACUGGAGAUGAUAUUCCCUCCCUCCUUUUUCGAUGUCAUGGUCCAUCUAGCUGUCCAUUUGCCCCAUGAGGCUAUACUUGGAGAUGUUGAGACGCGCUUCAAUCGAGCUGACCGCAACAUUGAUGCUGAUGAAGAGGAAACUAUAGAUGGAUUCCGAGUUUUUAACCAGAAAGUUCGUCCUUUGGGUAUAGCUUCCAAUGUGCAAUUAGAAGAUAAACUCUUUAAGGCAGCCAUAUGGGAACACUACGAGAAAUGUAGGGUGCAACACCCAAAUAGCAUCGUGAGCACGCAUCAAACCGAGUUUGCAACUUGGUUCAAGCACUGUAUCCAGGAACAUCGUACCAAGAACCCGCUUGAUGUGUCAGCUGAUCUGUAUGCGUUGGCUUGCGGGCCUGACCGUUGGGUUGCAUCAUAUGAUGCAUGCAUAAUAAAUGGAAAGCGGUUUCAUACGAAGGGUCGUGAACUUCGCCGGCGUACACAAAAUUCUGGGGUUUUGGUAACUGGGGACGAGGCCACAAAUAAUGCAGACUUUUAUGGUUGUCUUAAAAAUAUCAUAGAGUUACGCUACAUGGAGUGGCGUCGGGUGUACCUAUUUGAAUGUGAUUGGUUUGACGUUGGUGAUCGAAAACGAGGGGUUCGGGUGGACGACCAUAUGAUUAGUGUCAACUUGAGCAGGACUUGGUAUAAGGAUGAACCGUUCGUGUUGGCAAGUCAGGCUGAUCAAUGUUUCUACAUAAGAGAUUUAAGGGUGAAAGGGAAUUGGGGUGUUGUGCAGAACUAUACAAAUAGGAAUGUAUACAACAUUCCGUCCAUGUUGAGGAGUAACGCAGAUAUUAAUGAUGGCGAAUCAAGUACCCAUGAGGCCGAUCAAGAAAAUGAGUCAUCAUAUUAUUAUGAACCAGUGCAGUGUGAUAACUCUGAUCCAGUGUCAACUCCACUGGAUCGGCUUGAUAUACCACCUAGCCAUAUUGAUGCACGGGAAGUCAUGCAUGUGGAUGGUCAAUGCAUAGAUUCAUCAGACUUUAUUAAUGAUGACAUGAUGAAUUCUGGCUCUGAAGAUGCGUGUAGUGAGGGGGAAUAUUCAGAUGAGGAGGACCUAUCCACAGACGAUGAUGUUGGGUCAGAUUAA